GGUGUCACACGGUGUGGCGCGCCCGCUCGCCCGCGCUUUUUGUGCUUCAGCGUUUGUCUUGGUGGAUUCUCUGGUCUCGGAAGAGGGCGAUCAGUUCGCUGUGUCUAGUAGCAGAAGUGCUUCCCUGACUCUCGAAAUGCCUGUUAAAAGAUCACUGAAAUUGGAUGACCUAUUAGAAGAAAAUUCAUUUGAUCCUUCAAAAACCACAAGGAAGAAAAAAAGUAUUACAACUUACUCGCCAACGACUGGAACUUGUCAAAUAAGCCCAUUUACUUCUCCCACCAGCUCUGAAGAGCAAGAGCACAGAAAUGGACCAUCAAAUGGAAGGAGAAAAAAUCUGAAUCAUCUCAGCUUAACUGAAAGAAAGAGCUCUGCAACAAAAGACAAUGAUGAGUUUAUGAUGUUGCUGUCUGAAGUUGAGAAAUCAUCAGAAGAAAUCACAGAAAUAAUUCAAAAUUUAAGUACUAUACAGGCUUUGGGGGGCAGUAGAGAGCUUGAAAAUCUCAUUGGUAUCUCUUGUACAUCAUGCUUCUCAAAAGAAGAAAUGCGGAAAACCAAAGAACUAAUGACAAAAGUAAUAAAACAAAACCUGUUGGAAAAGAAGAAUUCAGGACUUCCUCACAAAGAAUUACAUCAUCUUGACAGCUAUGAAUUUCUUAAAGCCAUUUUAAACUGAGGCAUUUAGAAGAAAUGCACUCCCCAUGAGCACCAGCUUCUGCAUCUGCCUGGUCAUAUUUAAAGGAACAGAAGAAAUGUUUGUAAUUAAUCCGCCCAGUAAAUACCAACUCAUAGCACUAGGCAGGUGCACAUCUAGAUAAAAUUUCUUGCAGCUAAUUUAAACUUUCUACACACACCCGAAGAUAAUCUCAAUGUAAAUAAUACAUUUCUUCUUGACUCUUUAACGUAAGCCAACAUGUAAAGGAGGGUCCUGACUUAUAUUCCACACAUGAGGUAUGUUUUUAUAUACUUUUAGCAUUUGUAGACAAACUUAAUAAAGCAUGUAUGAAAUGGUAACUUUGGUAGAGUUAUAUAAAUUCCUGAAACUCAGACUAACUCUAAUGGUGGGUGGAAUAAGGUUUGUUUUCCAGUUUUUAAAAGUUCAUUCAUCUCUUCCAUGAGUGAGACAGAGAAGAGAUAGAGACCCCACCAGGUCCUGUGGCAUGACCCACCCUCAAACUUAGCCAGCCUAGAUGACGGACACACAUGCAAACAGGGCCUUUCCCACAUGGACCCAGUUGCAUUACCACAGUGCCACCACCUGGCCUCCAGUUUUAUCAUUUAAAGCUCCAGCUGUUACUAAAUUAUAAUUUUUUUAAAACAUUCAUCUCAGGGAUGAGUUUUUAUAAUUAUACUCUAGCUUUUCCUAUACUUGCACAGAGAAAAAAAUUAAGU